AUGUCGGCAGCUGCGGACGAGUCACGCUCGGCGUCGCCGAAGCGCAAGCCGCAGCAGCAACCUCAACGCAUCGGACCCAUCGGCGUGCUCUCUUCACCAAAGUUCUCGUUUCGUGCUGCGCUUGUCCAGCACAAAGCAUCCAAACUCGCCUCCAAAAUCAUCCCGGCGUCCAGUGGAUCUCCCGCUUCGAGUGCCGACGUUGCUGUAUCGCAGCUUCCGUUACACUCGCAGACGAUCAGUGCAGGCCGACCCACCCGCAGCAUCAACACCAGCAGCAUCCCUUCGCUGAGCGGCAGAGGUCGCUUCAACUCCGCUUCGACCGAUUCUUCUUUCACUUCGACCUUGCCAAGACGAAAGGAUGCCGACAUUAGCCCGGCAACGACCCGCGCUUCGUCUUCGCUCGGAAAGCGACCGAUGGACGAGGCUACGACAGUCAAUCUAGCAGGAGACAGCAGCUUGAUGAGCGACUUUGGUCCCGUCAUGCGCAAGAGCUCGGCAGUAGCCGGCAGCAGCUCAGUCAGCAAAAGCGGGACCGCCGCAUCGACUCGUUCUCACGCCAAGACAUCGCGGCUACCGGGUCCUCCGUCGACUCGCGCACACUGGAGUGUCGCUCCUGCUACAUCGAAGGCACUUCCAUCUCCCACCACAAACAAGGCACCUCAUAAGGUGGCACGACCCGACGGCGUUGCCGAAGUGCACGCAGCGAGCACCAAGGCUCCGAUCACAAACACUGUCUCGCCCGCAUCGGCACGCACCGAGUUGGCCGGUGUGCGCAACCGAACGAUCAGCGCACCGGGCAGACCGACGACUCAGUCACAGCCGCUCAACAAGCAAAAGAUCGGCACAUUGCCCAAGCUCAAGCCCAAAGCAGCGCCAAUCAAGACGCUACUCGACGAACGGCCCAUUCACCGACCGAGGCCAUCAGUGUUCGGCGCGAUUGCGGGUAACAUGGAAGACGGACUCGACUCCGACAAUGAAGAAGAGGAGGGUAACGAGGAUGACGACGAUUCCGACGAUGAUGAGGACGAGGACGACGAGGAUGUUCUGGAAGGUCCUGACGUGUCGAGGAUUCGUACCAAGCGUGCAGCGAUUCGGCGGCUCGAGGACACGGCGGCGAUGCAGAAGCAUCCAGCGACACCGACAGGCAUGCACCCGCCUGCUUCUGUUACUUCGUCAGGCUCACGGAUCCCCAGCAUCGGCAAGGCUACCGCACCCAGACCGUCGAGUCGUCCUCAGAGAAGGUCGUCCAGCAACAGCGUCGCUGCUCAGACAUCAGCGAACGAGAAGGAAAAUGCUUCUCAGAUUCCAGCCACAGCGCAUCGUAGCUCAGGGUCACAGCGACCGAGUAUAAGCGCCUCGUUCGGCGUACCAGGACGGACCCGCUCGAGCUUGCCGCUAGCUGUGUCGCAGCCCGCUCCGCAAGCUAAAGCGCCGGACGCUUCUGGUGACCGCACUGCUAACAAUCACGAUGAGAAGGAUCCGAAAGCUGAAGCAGUGGAAACAGCUACGAGCAUCCCCACAUCGCCAUCAAAAUUUUCAUCGCUGUCUGCGCUUCGCUCACGGGGUCUGCAGACCGACUCGGCCAAAGCGUUGAAGCCCGACGUCAGCAUGGACAGCGCUCUCCCAACUCGGUCAGGCAGGCCAGAUCUCGGCAUCAAAUCUUCCAUUAUACGAGCCAAUCCUGCUCACCCCUCCAUCAUGGCGCUUCAAGCCGCCAAGACAACCCAACAUCAGCCCAUCAGCACUCCAGAGGCGUUGAUCAAGGCAAAGGAGAGGAUCAGUGGCGUACUCAUGUCUUCGUCGUUGUCUUCCUCCUCGCUGAGCGCUGUUGGUUCGACGGCAUCACCUUCGGAGCGCGGUUCGAGUCUUGCGAGGUCGUCUUCUGUUCAGCGGGGACUGCAGAAGGGCGUAAAGGGUACGCAACGGUCGAGCGCUGCCGAUUUGGAAGCAGCGAACACCGUGACACCUUCCACGUCUACCUUGUUACUACCUCGCUCGGCGUCUCGUUCGCCGAUCAAAUCUUCGCUCUUGCUCUUCCCAACGACGGUCAGGCAAGAGACUUCGCCGACGGAUGCAUCAAAGGCUGCAGCGUCUCCGACCAGGCGAAAUCUCGUGCCGACAGGCACCGAACACGCCACGGUCGUUCAGAGCAACAAUGUCCUCUCGUCCAACGAAAUCGAUGUGAACCUUCUCGCAAGUCUCAGAGUCGUUGCGCAAAAGGCCAACCUCAAGGUCGGAGACUUGCUUGACGAAGAAAGGCGCCAACUUCCGCGACAGACGGAUGCCACGACUGUCGAGUCUAGCUUGAAUUCUCCGCAAGGCGACGGCCUCAAGCCGCACGCAAGAGCGCGAAGAGAAGCAUCCCAGGAGCUCGAGGCAAUCGCUGGUGACGUCUCCGUCGACCUCAUGGCCUUCGAUCUGGCUGCGGGUUCGCCCGUCUCGGACGUCAGCGUGCUCAGGUCGCCGAUGGCGAGGGGCAGAUCGUAUCUGGACACACCACCGAGCGUCUUUGCUGCACUCGCGGCGCCGAAAGCCGUGGCCACCGAGUCUCAGCCAAACAAUGAUUCUGCAGAAAGAGGAGCUGACGACGAGGCGCAUGACAAGACCCACGUCGACGAGGACGCGACCGACACGUCCUGCGCUUCGCCAUCUCUCCGGGCUGCUGCUGCACUGCGUAUUCCACGACGCCCAGCUGUCGCAAGUAAUGACAACGCCAAGGAUGUCUCAGAAACACCCGUGCGUCAUCGAGGCUACAGGAAUGUGCCCUCGAUCCCAUCCACUCCUUUCCCUGUCGCCGGCUCUGGGCCUUCAUUGUCGCCAUCGAAGAGCGCUCGUGCCUACCCUCCGUCUGCCGCCAUGUCCGCAAAGACACGAUCCCGUCUCAAGAAGGCGCUCAGAGAGUCGCUCAACCUCGAAGCUCAUUUCGCGUCCAUCAGGCUUGGAUCCAACAGCAACGACGACGUCCUCGCCGAGAAGCUGACAGCUGAUCGCAGUGGCCGAGACGAACCGAAGCAGAAGGAUGAGGAACUCUUGCGGGCUGGGAGCGCGAAGGUGGACAGUAACGACAUGCGGAAGAGCAUCAGUGCCAUGUUGCUGACCGAGGACGACAGGUAUCUCGACGAGCUGGUGAGCGCUGUCGCACGGAUCGGGCUGGAGGAUCUGGCUCCCGAGUCAUCACCGUCGGAUGGUCCAGCUGACGUCGAAGCUGAGCCAGCAUCUUCAGCUCACCCUCUCGAACCAGCGGGUGCGCCCUCAAAAUCGUCAGCAGCAAACUCAGCCGUCCAAGCAGAGCUGUCAGCAGCACUCCUCGAACUCGACACCCUCCGCACGCAGCUGCAGCUCUCGCAAACCCACACAUCCUCACUCGAAGCCCAGAUCGCACAACACACAGCCUCCACCGCUCGCACAGCACGUACGCAAGCCAUCCUCGAAGCGGACCUCGCCGCGCUCAAGGGCGAGAUGGCAGGCGUCGAAUGGGACAAGGCCAAGACCGACUGGGCGCGGGUCAGGGUGGAAGUGCUCGCUGAGCUGGAAGAUGCCAAGGUGCAGAAGGACGCGAUGCUUGUGCUGGGCUCGCAGAUGGGCAUGUGGGAGCGGAUGAUUCGGGCUCGGACGUGA